AUGAAUGAAAAUUUACCUUGCACUCGCAUUCUAGAUAGGGCAUGCCGGAGUUUGAAGUGGGACAAAGGCCUAGACUCUGUCAUUUUUUGGGUUUGCAGCGAACUUGCAAUGCCUGAGUGCGAAGGUCCCCCGUUAAUAUUCUUUUACGAAAUCUUUCUGUCAGAGAGGAUUCGCGAUUUUCCUCCUUCCUCAAAGGUCUUACUGUCUUACCUUUGUGCCGCCUCAGCCAUCCACUUCUGCAACCUCGUCGGCCAGAACUCCUGGCUGGUCCAGGCGAGGUUCCGCUCUUCCUGUCGGGCUGUGGGCUGUGAGGAGGAGUUCGAUGUUCCAAGUCUGAAUGUCGCCCAGGCCCCUACAUUCGCCCAAUUCCGCCCAAUCCCCUUCGACGCAUCAGCCCUUGGAGGAAAGUCGCCCAUCGGCUAG